UGUUUUGCUGUCGUCCUCGCAGUUUUUCCUGGCACCGUGGCCUAUUUUACAAUGAACUAAUUGACUCAAAUUUGGAAAAGUCGUCGAAUCCGACAACAUUCUGUGCCUGAAGAAGAAAUUGUUUACGACGGAUUUGAGUCAGCUCCUUUAUUUCAAUAAAUGUUCUCGUUAUGAGGAUUCGUGAAAUCUCGCCUAGAGUUCCGACCCAACUUUCCUGACUUUUUAUCAAAUGGCGAUUACUAAAUAAAACUAACAGUUUUCGCGUCGUUCGCCACAAUGUCGGGUCAGAGUGGAGGGCAUCGCCUAAGAUUGUCAAAACUUAAUGAUCAACUGACAUGCAAAUUAUGUGGUGGAUACUUUAUCGAUGCCACUACCAUUAUAGAGUGCUUGCAUUCAUUUUGCAGGAGCUGUAUUGUCAAGUAUCUGAAGAACAAUAAGUAUUGCCCGAUAUGCGAGGUACAAGUGCACAAAAGUAAGCCACUACUCAAUAUUCGUCCAGAUCACACUUUGCAGGACAUUGUGUAUAAACUGGUACCUGGAUGUUAUCAAAACGAGAUGCGAUGUCGAAGGGAGUUUUAUUUCAAACAUCCUGAAACAUGUACACAAACAACAUCUCCGGAAGCAAGAGGGGAACCAAUUGAAUCGCAUAUAUAUUCACCGGACGAAUCUCUGAGUUUAUCGUUGGAGUAUUUUAGACCAUCUAGAGACGUUAAGGAAAUUGCUGUAAAACCUUUUUUGAAACGGUAUCUUCGUUGCCCUGCUGCAGUAACGAUUUUUCAUCUACAAAAGCUUAUACGAGCUAAGUAUGGACUAACCGAUGCACACAGGGUAGAUGUAAUGUAUAAGGAAGAACCUCUGUGCAGUAAUUAUACAUUGAUGGAUGUGAUGUAUAUUUAUCAUUGGAGGCGGAAAGUGCCAUUGCAUUUAAGUUACAGAAUAUUUGAAUCUUCUCCUAAACGAAUAAAACUUUCAGAAGACAAUGUCAAUUACAAAACAUCUCUAUUUUAUGCUGGAAUUGAUCCUAUCGAAUCAAAAGAAGAAGAACCUAUAAAGAGGGAAUGGAAAGAGGUUCAAUUAAAAAUUUCUGAAACCGGUAUAAUGAGUAUUACAGAUAUAUCAGAUCAAGAAUUUAAGAAAAACGCAAGAGUAAAUGAACCCGUAACGAGCGUUGAAACAAUAAAUGCAUUGAUAAUUAAGGAAAAUGCUAGUGAAAAUAAUACAUCCGAGAUUACUAAAAAAAAUGAUCAUUUAAAUAGACAAAUCGUCGACGAUUGUAAUAUUUCUCCUAAAUUAAGCGAACUUGAUGAUAAUAAGAACUCUAAUCAAACCGAUGGUAAACAAAUUUUAACAAAAGAGGCAGAUAAUAUUGUGAUGUCUAAAAGUGAGGAAGAACCAAAAGAUCAAUUAGAUAAUAAUAAUGUUGCAGACAAAGUAGCUUUAUAUACUAAUGUGCAAUUUCGCGAAACAACACAAAGCACGGCUGGGGGCGAAACCAUAGGCAACGCCGUCGACGAUAAAGAUAAAAAGGAAUCAUCAAAAAAUAAUAAUAGUAUUAUUGUCGCAGAAAAGAACGGAGAGUCUGUCAAACAGUGCCCGAAAAACGAAAUUAAGCUUGUAAAUAUGGGAUCAAAAAUUAAUGCUCUAAGCGUGAAGUUACAAUUUCAGCCGAAAAUUGGACAGAUAAAUAGUAGUAGUACUUCGUCAAAAAAAACUAUAAAAGAUAAAAAAAUUGCGCCGCAAUUGUCGAAGAAAACCGACACGAAAACGAUCCAAGCCUCGAAAUCUGUGGACCCAAAAAACUCUUUUGAUACUUCGAAAACACAGGCCAUAUCAAAUAGUUGCGGAAACAAAUCAUUAAUUCCCUGCUCUACGAGGAUAAUGUCGCAGAAAUCGACGACCGAGUCGGAAGAAAUUCCAGAGCCUGUCGCUUCGACGCAUCUGACCACCACCGUUAGUUGCAAGUCCAGAGAGACGAAAUUCAGCGUGAAAAAUGUGCAAUCAAUUGACCAGCAACGAUCUUCGGUCCAAGAGCAAAAUGCAUCGGAGAAGGAACCGUGUUCAUCGGAUCAGACAUCCGCGGAGCCGUCUCAAGUAAUCGGUGAGCAAACAAAUACAAUUCUUCAAAAAUCACCGUACACGCAGAUCGACACGCUAGCAAAUAAAAAUCUUCCAUCUCUUGAUUUCACUGUAAGCGUUGGUAACGGGAUUAACUCCACGUCCACGUCGGCGAUAAGUCAGACUGCGCCUAUAUUCCCAUACACGGUUCAAGAUUUAGUGAAUAGUACAAUGUUAAAGAAUUCUCUUAAAAGUUUAGCAACAUCGGCAACGCAGAAAUUAUCCACCGCCACCGCUCCAGAAAAUACUGUAACCAUAUCCACGGUACCGGACAAUCCUACAGCAUUUAUUAUGCCACCGAUGAGCAUCUCUUCUUCUUUAAAGAACAGUUACCUGAACUCAGGGAUAAACACUUCGAGAGAGUCGCCGUUAAGAACAAACAUGGAAGUAACUGCCGCAUAUUCUGUGCCACCCUGCCCGGACGCUAUUCCGAUAUCAUUGAUGAAGCCGACGAUUCGUAAAAACGAAUUGAUCACGAAAGGUUCGAAUUUAAACGACAUUUGUGCGAAAAUCGGAGCUUCCGGUUCGAAAAUAAACGACAUCUGUGCUAAAAUUGGGGAAAAUUCCAAAGAGAAGAACAAAAUAGAAGUAAGAAGUAAAUGCGACAUUCCAGAUUUGUUAAAAAUUGGGAGAAAAUGCACCUCGUUAUCGAUCGCGGUUGAUUCCGCUAAUAAACAACAACAGCACCAUACGAAUAUUUCAAACGUGCCCGUUUACGCUCCUGGCAGCAAUGCGAUCACAACGGAAAGCAAGAGUGUUUAUUCGAACGUUAAGGAUAGCCUUAGAGCUACCUCGCUGGUAUCCACUUCUCCAACGGCAACGUCGCAUUCGAUACAAAAAGUUCCUUCUUCUAUAUCUAAAAAACAGAGCCAAGCGGUAGGUUACAAGACCCUCCGCGAUCCUCCGAGAUGCUGGAAUCCCACGCUUUCUAAAAACAAUUACGUGGCGGUUAAAAAUCAGAACAAAGAGACGCAAAGUCAGUUGCAUCAAACCGCGUUGUCCGAGAGAAAAUCGAUACAGUCGAAGCCCGCCAAGAUAUUCAAGAUGAGAAAUAUGCCGAGAUAUUUAGGUAACCCCGCGUCCGGCGUGAAACCGCUCUAUGGUAUUGGCAACGAGAGUAAAGAAAAAGAACAGUCGACAAUGGCACCGACGACGAUCUCGAACACCCCUACCAGUUCGAAAAAUGGGAACUUAAGCAUGAUGAAGAUAGAUCCCAAAACUCUAUCUCCGAUUGUAUCGACAAUCAAUUCGCCCAUUGUCUCGCCACCUCCGUAUUCUCCCAGUGCUAGAAACUAUACAAAUUCCUCAUUCUCGAGAGAUAUUUGCAGAAACACUGGUUCGCCGAUAUCUCCAAAAAAUUCUCCGGUAAAUAUGCUUUCAACAAGUCCUUUUAUACCAUCACCGACACCCAACAUGAAUCCCAGAUUAAUUUAUCCUCAUUUUCCACCCCCGUACCCGGACACCCCGCGAUUUCCAAACCCGUUGAUACGUUCACCGAUCGGAAUACCAUCUCCUAGUGCCUUUCACAGUAGUUUGCCUCCUUCGAUUAAUAAAUUGUACCAGCGAUCCAGUUAUAUUCCACAAACUACUGGCUUUAAUCCAGUUUCUCAACCCCCGACAGUUCAGAGAAUACCACCAAGCACUUACUCUACGCCUAAGUCACCAAAAACUACCUCCUUAACAGCAAUCUCGCCUACAUCUUACGGGAUAACCAAAUCCGAGACGCAAAUAGUCGGAACAACGUCGCUCGAAGCUAGUAACUUGCUUCUUCUGGAGAACGCGUCGCAAGAAGGUCUCAGCGUGUUCAAUUUGUCCAAGACCGGGAACUUUUGUAACUCGGAAACAGUUAAAACGCCAACAGAAAUAACACGGAAUUCGAAAUCGAUCGCGUUUCCCUCGAUGUCGAACGUUGGACAAGUUAAGAACGCAAUAAUGGCCGCUUCGAAAACCAAAACGGAAACGUCUCAACCGGGAACUGGAUACGAUCAGAGCAAGGAACAGUUGGAUAAAGCGUCCGCGAGAUGCGAAGAAGUAAAUUCGUAUAGUUCGAAGGGGCAGAAUUUAGAAAAGAAGCAAUCCGACGAAAGUGGCGACGGUGUAAAUAAAAGAAAAGAGAAAUCAAUGUCUCAGACAAAUGGAAGUUUCGCCAAUAAAACAAAUGAAGAAACACCGGCGGAAAAGCUUACGGAACAGCAGCAUAAGGAACAGAAUCAAAUAAAAAUGAUGCAUCAAGUACCGGAGAAAAUUACUAAACAACAAGAAGAAUCGAAACACAAAGAGUGCGAGAAACCCGACGAGUACGGUAAAAGAUCUGAAGCUCAAAUUAGUAAAACGGAAGCGUAAUUUUAGUGUUAAAGAAUCAUUUGACGUGUACAUUUUUGUAAAAUUCGAAAGCUUUUGUUAUUAUAGUCUAUUAUUAUAUUCUAUCAUUGACAACAUUUUGCCGAGUCCAGCUUUAUAUUUCACAUUUGACAAACUUACGUGAUUUUCACGACAAAAGGCGAGCGCAUAUUGUUUCCUUAAUUGUUACGAUUUUUUAAUCAGAAAACAUUAAACACAUUAAGACGACGGUGUGAUUAAUACAUUGCUUUACGAUUGAAAAUCGUAGUGAUUAAAAAUGCAACGUGUAUACGCUCGAUUUAAACAGAAAAGAUGUAAGAAACGAGUAAUUACGAUCGAAGUUGUCUGUGACAUAAGGACUCUGUAAAGAUUAUUUAAGGAAAAUUCGUUAUUCCGAAUCGAUACGAUACAAUAUGAACAUUAAUAGUAUACAAUCAUUUUAUAAUAAUAAUUUCGCAAAAACUGCUAGUUUACAGUAUUUAUAAUGAAUCAUUUCGAACAAAUUUUUAUUGUCCAUUCGUUGAUUCAUUUUAGUUAACCGGAUAUGAAACCAAAGCCUCGAGAAUUAAAUAAUCUUCCAAAUAGUUUUAGUUACAAGAUUUUGUCUUUGCUUACUGUCAAUUGUCUUUUUGUUUUUAUGACCUUUUUUUUUUUUACACGGAAAGCAAUUUAUAGUUCUGCAGGAAAAUAUCCGAGGCCUUAUCACAAUAAUCUUAUAUAUGAAAUAACGUUGAACGAAUCGAUCAAAAGAGAUCGUUGUUAAAAAAUUUACAAAACGAAAAAAAGUAUUACGGUGAUUUCUCUCUUUCCAGCUUAAUUAGUUAACAUUAUCGAUGUAUUAUACCGCACCGAAUUAUUGAAACAGGCACGCAUGAAUAAAAAGAAAAGAAAAUUCACUAUUGAUUUUGCUACGCGCCGGAAAGAAAGAAAUAGUUAAUAUAUAGAGAAGUUUUAAUAUUCGACGAUCUUUUUUUUUAGAUACAUUUACUUGUAAAUAAUGUAUAAUGAUUGAAAGAAAAUCUAUAUCAUGUAGUAGAUAUUAACAAAAAAUGAUCGAUUAUUAAUAUAAUUUAACAUGCAUAUUUUUAGGGAUUAAGAACGUAAUGAUAGUAUUUUUUUGUCUAAUACGAGAAAGCAAUUUUUAGAAAGGUCUGAUUGUAGAGAAAGAAACGGUGUAUUUUUAAUAAGUUAUUAGUUGUGUGCGCGCGCGAGGCUCUUUUUGUAUACAAGGUGUACCUGAGUGAGUGACCGACAAAGUGGAACGUGUGCAUGUAUAAUUUCUGUGCGGAGAAAAUUUCAAUAUCAUUUUAACCGAAGCUGUUCAAAUAAAGUUUUCGGUAUUUGUUUUAUUUAUCAAAACGUUGAUCGUCGAUUGUUUUCGAAUUUAUGCAAGUGUGUGCGUAUGCUUGAGUGCGCGCGCACACAUGCUCCCA